CCGCGAUCCGACCUACUCUGCAUCUGCAAACCCCUCAUCGACAAACACCACACAACCACCCCUUCCCAUUACCGAAUAUCAAGACGAACCAAAAUGCAGUCCCUGCGAUUCCAGAUUCCUCGCGCUGCGCGCGCAUUCUCGACGACACCCGCCCGACCUCUUGCGAAGAUGCAGCUCAUUGGCCGUUUGGCUGAUGUUCCAGAACUCGUUCCUACUUCGACUGGUCGCGAAAUUGUAAAAUAUGCAAUCGGCGUCAGCGAGGGCCCAAGAGAUGAGAAUGGACAACGCGGAGUUAGCUGGUUCAAGGUUGCGAGCUUUCAAGAUGGUCCUCAGAGAGACCUGUUGCUCAGCCUGCCUAAAGGAAGCCACAUCUACGUUGAGGCAGAGGCUCGCAUGAACACUUACGACACCGAGGCCGGCAAGCGCACAUCACUGAACCUUUUGCAACGCAACUUCGAACUCCUUCAGAGGCCAAAGAACACCGAGGACGCCAAUGCUGCCGAACAGACCUCGUAAAAGGUCUGUGUAACACAGGCCUAAGGCGUUGCGGAAUCUCUGUACGAAUGCUCGUGCACUGGUUCCCCCUGUGCGACUAUGUGAUGUGAAGGCGAUGGAGGCCAGGUGCCUCUUUUGAACGACAUGUAUAAUACCCCAAGACUGUUGAUGUGAGCGAGGCGUUGGCGCAGUGACCUCGUGGUCGGCAGAUAUGACCUUUGUGGAUGGCGGCCAGAAGCCCAGCUUGUUUUCAUUUGUGCAGCAGCGAGUGUAGAUGGACAUACAAAUCUCGACUCUUCCCAGCAUCAGGUAUCGCGGAAGCUCGCUUGAUCUGCAAGGACACGAUGUGACCCAUAUGAAUGGUCCUUGGCUGUGCAAGGGUGGUCGUCAACCUAAUCUUGACCACACCGGAAGGACAUCAUCACCGUGGAGCGUUCCCUGGAGGCUCUGCAAAAGUCUCACAAAUGAUCGAGACGUUGCUCAGCACACCAUUGAAAGCGGACACAUCGUCAUUCGUAUCUAAACGGUUGCAGAC